AGCUGUGCCUUUUGACUCAAAAAUAUUCGUUAAGAAUUUUGUGAAUUUUGUUGAGAACAAAUAAUACCAAACGGGGAUAGAAUAAUGUUGACUCAGCAAGAUCAGAGCGAAAUUGACCUAUUGACGGCUGGAUGGUCAGCACUAAUAUCCCGAAAGAGUGGUGAAAUAGAUGCAAAUAAAACGAAAGUGACCCAGCUUGAGCUGGAAAUCAGGCAUCUAAAUAGAACUAAAGAGGACAUGCAAGUCAAGCUGAUGAAGAAAGAAGAGGAAUGUAUCUUGAAAGAUCAAAGACUUUCCCUAGCUGAGGAAAAGAUAGAAUAUUAUGAGAAGAAGCUAAAUACGACGAAGAGAAGUCCUAGAGAGGGAAUAAUAUCGUUGGAGUGUCCAUUUCAAAACCCCCGACGAGAACACUCAGCAAGCAACAGGGGAUGAUGACGCAAUUGCUACAAGAUUGAGAAGUCGUAAAAGGCGCAUAAGUACAGCACCCUCUUUGCCCGUUAUUUAAAAUGGGUUCUGUUUUUUGCCAAUGUUUUUGCGUUGUUGUUGUUGUUGUUGCUGUUCUUGUAACCGUUACGCUUGGCGAAACGAACUGUGCCAUGGCAAAGGUGGGGUG